AAUUCAUACCUUUUUUUAUAUAUCAAAACAUAUUAACGGGACAAAAAAUGGGACACCCUAAAAAUGCGUGCACACAUCAAGCCAAAAACAAGACUGCUCCCUAUAAUGACUUUUGAAAAAGACUAAUCUCCAAAUUAAUCAUACAUACCCUACAUAUACACAAAAAAUAAUUUAAUUAUUUUAAUUAGAACACACAAAUUAAUAUAUAUACCAUUCAUUCACCAAUACUUCCUAAGUGACUAAGAGAGUGUAUAGGGAAACUAAGAUGAAUGAGAUAAGAGAAGUUGCAAAGGCCUACUACCAUGGGAGGGGAGAACAAGAGAAAGAGCUGGCGCGACAGUUCUUCAAAUCCCUGGAUGCAGACAACAACAACGUUGUCUGCCUCCAGGAGUACAAGAAGUACGUGAAAUCCUCUCUCUCGAGUGAUGACGAGGUUUUCAAGCUAUUGGACAAGAACGGGGACAAAACCCUAGACUUCAACGAAGUGUUGGCCCUUUAUUACAUGGAUAAAGUCUCCAUUCCUCGGUGCAAGGUAUGUGACAAAUUGCUUCUAGCUUCCUACUUUUCGUGCCUGCGUUGCCUAGGGAAACCCUCGUACAACGUCUGCUGCGACUGCUACGGUGGAGGGAGGUACGAGCACCACCACGCCUCCAGUGAGUUUAGAGAUACGAGAGCGUUGCUUACGAUGUUGGAUCGGAUCAUGGAUCCAAAAGCUUGUGAGGAGGAUCCAAAUAAUUGUGAGAAAAAUGAUGCUGAUCAAGAAAAUGGUGCUAAACGAUCAACUUCUCGAUCUAAAUCAGAAAGGAUUCUGGAAACUUUGGAGGCACUCAACGCAGGGUUUCUUCUUGGAGGUACCGUAGUAACAGCUGUUGGAGCAGUUGCAGUUGCCCCUGCUUGUAUUAUCAUGUAGUUAAGGAAUUUGUCUUUAAUUAUAAUGCUUAGUAACGAUGAAGCGCAACUCAAGUGGUAAGACGUUUUUCCUCCAACUAAUAGAUCGAGGAUUUGAAU